AACAAACAGCGAUAAAUGUUCUUAUAUAAGGCUGCACAGUGCGAACACUGCAGUUACUUACUAAACAACAUUCGCACAAAGAUGAAGCUUCUCUUAGUUUUCGCUACCAUUCUGGUUGCUGCAUUGGCAAUUACUGACGAACAAAGGGAAAAAUUUGAAAAAAUCCACAAACCGUGCAGAGAAGCAAAUGGGGUGACGGAUGAAUUGAUAGCAACUAUAAAAGACUUUGCAAAUUCAGGAGACGUUAGACUGGAAAACACAUCGCUUUGUGCCUUCAAGAAAUUGGGCUUUGCUUAUGAAAACGGUGACUUAAAUACGGAAGCACUGAAAAAACGAGUACGGGCAGGAGUCUCCAGUGAUGAAGAGGCGGAAAAAAUUAUCGCUAAAUGUACUGUCAAAAAGGAAACUCCUGGAAAAACUGUUAAAAAUACCAUUAACUGCAUAGCAAACAAUGUACCAAAUUGGUCCCCAGUUGAAUAAAGUUUUAAUAACAUGUAAAAAAUUGAAAUAUAUAGUUUUGAAUUAUUAA